AUGAAGCUCAACAUCGCUCAGGCACUCACCUGCCUGACGCUGGUCACAUCCUGGUCGGCUCUAGCCGCUCCAGUGCCGCUACAGGCAGAAGUGUCGCUAUCUGACUCGGUGAAAUCCUGGCAGAGUGCAGUGACGGACAUCGAUGACAAACUCCAAGAGGCGAUGGAAGAACACAAGGCGUUUUCAACCAAGGAGAAAUGGGCAGCGGGGGUGGUAGGUGGGUUGAGCUUGUUGGGAACGGGCGGAUAUAUCGCCAGUUCGGCUAUUCCGGUAGCAAAGAAGAAGCAGCAGGCAGAAUAUCUGAGGGGGCUACAGCAGGCAGUAGCUACAGCAAAGGCGAAUGCGGCGGUCAGCCAGCUUGUCGGAUCGAAUGCAGAGAAGGCGUUAGAUGGUGGCAUCGCUACUGGAAAGGAGACUCGAAAUUGGAGAGUCAAGAGAUCGGCGGAGGAGGUGGUAGAGACGGCAUCAGAGGCGGUAAAGACUCACGUAGAAGAGGAUGGCGAGAGCUUCCACAGCGCUACCAGUAGGACGCCUAGCCUGCGACUGGAAGACUUUGACGAGGGCCCAACGAGGAACAAAGCGGCUUCUGCGCUCGCAACAUCACCUGGGCCACAUCUUGAAAGCCAACUUUCCUUUUUCGGACACGAACACCCAGGCCCCGAACAACACUGGAAGGCCAACGUCGAGGAUCAUUUAUCAACACUGGUGACGUCGGUGAUCGAGCUCAAGCAACAUCAGCACGACCAGCUUCGAACCAUUUCGCCUUUCACCAAGACAAUCAUUGGCUUGGGGCUAGUCAAUGCUGUCGGCGGAGUGGUAUCUGCCGAGCUAAGUGUGCAAAACACGGUUCAAAGUGCGAUGAGGAAUCAUGAUGGGAAAGACGCCUUACCAGACGUCAGUGUCCUCGACCCAAAGACGUGUGAGCCUUUCGCAAACGAAAUUGAAGGAUUAGACUGCUCCAAGGCACAUGGUGUGGCCAAGUCGUAG